GCAGGCUGCAGGCUGCCCGGAGAGGAACGUGCAGGGGUGGAGGGGGGAACAGACGGGUAGGGAAGGGGGUGAAGAAACAUUGUUUCUUGGAGUUCUAGGACCACUGUGCGGUAGGAUAGGCCUGGCGCGCAGGCGCUUUGCGUCCUUUCCCCACCAGGAGCUAGGCCCAUUGCACCCCCUGCCUGUUCGACCGGCCUCAGUCUCCCCGCUGUGAAAGCCUGCGGCCGCCGCCCUAAACAACACGGGCGUUCUCGCGCAGGGAGCGGGGCGGCGCGGAGAGGGAGCGCAGCGGACACGGAGAGCGGGAGACGCGGGUGGGGCGGUGCAGGGCGAGCGAGGGGCGGGCGCUGCGGGGCGGUCCUAGCCCAGCCCGGCCCCGCCCCGGGAGGCGGCCGUCCCGCAGCGCCCGGGCUCCGCGCGGAGACUGUGGACAGAGCGCCGGGAGCACGCAGCGCCGCGGGAGCCCGGCCGGGUGGACAGAUCCUCGGUCCACAUGGCUCAGUAGAGGAUGAAGCCCAACCCAGCAGGCUCCUCCCCAGAAGCCUGCAAAGCUGCAGGCCGGGGCGAGAAGAGCUGCCCUGUCUGCCAGGCCUGGGGAGGAGUGUCAGGCCUGGGGUCUGAGUCCGGGCCUGGGCCCGGGCCUGGUGCAGUUUCAGGACCUGGACCAGGGCCUACUACUGUUCUGGGGCUGGGGCUGGGGCCUGGUGCUGUGUCAGGACCUGGGUUGGGGCCUGGUAUGGUUCUAGAACCUGGACCAGGGUUUGGUGCUGUGUCCAGACCUGGGCCAGGGCCUGGUGUGGUUCUAGAACCUGGACCAGGGCCUGUUGCUGCUUCAGGACCUGGACCAGGGCCUGGUGCUGUGUCUGGACCUAGGCCAGGGCCUGUUGCUGCUUCAGGACCUGGACUGGUGCAUGGUGCUGGGUCUGGACCUGUGCCGGGGCCUGGUGCUGUAUCCAGACCUAGGCCAGGGCCUGGUGCUGCUUCAGGACCUGGGCCGGGUCUGGGGCUUGGGUCAGGAGCUGGUUCAGUACCUGGGCCGGUACCUAGGCCAGGAGCUGCACCAUUACCUGGGCCAGGGGUAGAGCCUGGGCCCAGACGAGGGUCCCAGACGGGAACUGGGCCCAAACCCAGUGAGCCAGAGAUGGCCCCCACAUCAGCACUGCAGCAGAAGACUCAGGCCACACACAUGCAGGCCCCUCGGCAGAAGGUUCUGGUGACUGGAGGAGGAGGCUACCUGGGCUUUAGCCUGGGUUCCAGUCUGGCCAAGAGUGGCAGUUCUGUCCUACUGCUUGACAUCCGCAGACCGCGGUGGGAGCUGUCCCCGGGGACCGAGUUCAUCCAGGCGGAUGUCCGCAAUGAAGAAGCCCUGUAUCGUGCCUUCGAAGGGGUGGACUGUGUCUUCCACGUGGCAUCCUAUGGAAUGUCCGGGGCUGAGAAGCUGCAAAAAGAGCAGAUUGAGUCUAUAAAUGUUGGAGGCACCAAGCUAGUGAUCAAUGUUUGUGUCCGUCGGCGGGUCCCAAGGCUCAUCUACACCAGCACCGUCAAUGUCGUGUUCGGCGGGAAGCCCGUAGAGCAGGGUGAUGAGGACUCUGUGCCAUAUUUCCCACUGGAGAAGCACAUGGACCACUACUCACGAACCAAAGCCAUCGCUGACCAGUUGACCCUCAUGGCCAACGGAACACCUCUCCCAGGAGGAGGCACUCUGCGCACGUGCGUGCUCCGGCCCCCAGGGAUCUAUGGCCCUGAAGAGCAGAGGCACCUGCCCCGAGUAGCGAGCCACAUCAAGAAGAGGCUAUUCAUGUUCCGAUUUGGGGACUGCAGGACGCGGAUGAACUGGGUGCACGUGCGCAAUCUGGUGCAGGCGCACGUGCUGGCAGCCGAGGCCCUCACCGCGGCCAAGGGCUACGUGGCUAGUGGCCAGGCGUACUACAUCAAUGAUGGGGAGAGUGUCAACCUCUUUGAGUGGAUCGCCCCACUGUUUGAGAAGCUAGGGUACAGCCAGCCCUGGAUCCAGGUGCCUACUUCCUGGGUUUACCUAACAGCUGCCGUGAUGGAGUAUUUGCACCUGGCCCUGAGGCCCAUCUAUAGCGUCCCUCUGCUGCUCACCCGGAGCGAGGUGCGCAGCGUGGCCGUGACGCACACCUUCCAGAUCGCCAAGGCCCGCGCCCAGCUUGGCUAUACGCCAGACAAGUUCCGCUUCGCCGACGUCGUGGAACAAUACGUGAGGUCCACGAGCCAGCGGCCCUGCGGCUGUACGGCGCGGACGCUCCUACGGCUGCUGCUUGGGCUGCUGCUUGGGCUGCUGCUGCUGCUCGGGCUGCUUGCCCUGGCCUUGCACCUGCAAGGCCUGCAACCGCCCAUCGUCUGAUGUUCGUUACGGGCCAGUCUGCUCCUGCCUCUGCUCCAUCUUCCGGGCU